AUGAGCCGUCAAACAUUUUUAUUUAGCCCUAAAUUUAGCAAGAAACCAAUCUAUGAUUCACCAACAAAUAAAUAUCAAGAAUUUUCUAAUGCUUAUGUAUAUAGUAUUAUGGUGAAGACAGGAAAUGGUACCCCUAACCGUGCUGAUGUUUGUCGCGAAGCAACACAAGAAUGGAAUAGAAUUAAAAAAAAAAGCACAACAGAAAUUGAUGAAAUAAUCAGAAAAUACCUAAUCACACAAUUUAACUUAUAUGAUAUACAAACAAUGAGACCAAGAUGUCCUAUACCUAGAGAAGACUUGACCCCCCUUCCUACUACUAUUCGUUUGGUAGAACCUACACCGGAAAUUCCUGUUAAUGCAGCAGCUCAAAAAAAGGCAGCAAAUGGAAUAACAAUAGCUGAAAAAAAACUUACUGAAUUUGAGCAAAUUUACAAUUUCACAACUGAUUCUCAACUUCGUCAUGAUAUGCAUAAACUGCUUCUUGAAAGUCAAGAAAUAAUACUAUAUGAUAAACCUGGUCGUCCACCACUCCUUUUCCAACAUCCAGAUUUACAUGAUCAUAUUCAUGAUUCAGUUGAGUUUGGAUCAGCUGAUGAAAAACGGCGAAAAGAAGUGGUUAAGGUGCGGAUAAUCAAAAAUUUGCGUAAGAAUCUUGAAGAGAAAUAUAAUGUCUACAUGGCAAGAACAACAUUGAAUAACUACCUGCUGCCUCGUCAAUCCAACUCCAUUGCUGCAAGAGCACACCAUCAUCCAGCAUGGGUUGCAGUAGCCGGAGUUUCACGUGCUGAAACACGGGACCAUCCUAAUGGUCACUAUUGUCUUGCAUCUGUUAAAUGUGCAAAGCAAUUUGCAACUGUCUUUGCUGAUAUGUCUGUUGUCAUUUCUCAAGAUGACAAGGCAAAGAUAGGUCUUGGAGUGCCUGCUGUAGGUCGGACAUUUCACACAUUGCAGUCAGUUCAUGAGCCUGUUUGUGUGGCUGAUCAUGAUUUUCCUGUAGGAAGUGGGCAAAAGUUAGUUCCAUCAGUUUAUCUUAUGAUCAAACCAAAUGAAUCAAAUGAUGAAUUACGAACAGGACAACUUGCCAUUUUUGUACGUCGUCAAUGGUCCCUUGGUACGUCUUCACACACACACAUGCAAGAUCUUGAAAGCCUCACCUUAGAUCCUCAAUAUGAUGAUGUGUUGAAGACCAAUGGAGAAAUUCGACCUAUUUGGGUGUUAUUAGUAGAUGGAGGACCAGAUGAGAAUCCAAGACAUCUAAAAAACAUUAAAACAUACUGCCAACUUUUUCGAAAAUUUGAUUUAGAUUACCUGACUGUACGAACACAUGCUCCAGGACAAUCCAAGUAUAAUCCUGUUGAAAGGGGCAUGGCAACACUAUCUGGAAAAUUGGCAGGUAUCACACUACCAAUUGAUCACUAUGGAACACACCUAAAUACACAAGGCAAAGUGAUCAAUCCAGAUUUAGCCCUUCAAAACUUUCGAUAUGCUGGAGAGGCACUUUGUAAUAUUUGGCACCAUGAUUUGAUUUUGGAAAAAGUGUAG